GUCUGCUACUCGGUUAUUGCAGUUUUUCGAGUAUAAGUAAACAGUAAUAAAAAUGUGUGUCAUGACGCGGCGGCCGCGAUUCAGUUUAUCGAAUCGCCGGCGCUUAGGUAGUUUUAGCAGAUAGCUACCGGAUACUUCAGGAAGAGGAAGAGCUGAAUACCUAUCUAGCACGGAAUAAAAAGAUCAUGACGCGGCGGCCGCGAUUCGAGGCGGCGGCGCGAAGCAGCUUAUGACAGCAGCACGGAGGUGAAGAAGCAAACGCGUUGUUUUUUUAAACAGCCAAAGGGUCGCGUAGAACCAAGGAGUCGAACUGUCCUCAUAGUUUCGGAACGACUUCUGCACUUGUGCUUCACUUGUGCUUCGCGGGUAGCUCACAUGUUUUCGGGGUAAGAAACCGAAUAUUAUGGCGUCUUCAUCAUCAGGCCCCUCCGGAGCGGGCCGACGGCAGCUCCUCUUUCCGUCUAUCGAAAAAGUCAAGACACAUCCGCCUUCAUUAGUAGAGAUAUGUCUGCGGAAAAUCGCUAGUGGCUUCUUGCGAUUCGAUCCACAGGUAUUAGAAGAUUUGCACUGAGAAAGAUGAUGUUGAGUAUUGAAUAUGAAGAUCAUGGCACCAGAAGUGGUAAGUACUCGACAAAAAUGGUGUUGAUAAUCUAGCAUCAACAAAACGACACACCAGGUCCUCCAACGAGAGUUAAGCCGCGCAAGGCAGCUGGAGGAAGUAUAUGCGAUUCUAGACUGUGACAUACCACUGGCAGCUGCCGCGAAGUGGAUCGACGACGAGUUUUACUGGAAGAGGCGGACCUUGCAGAGGGAUAAAGGCGAGUACACAGGCUUGGUGGAUCAACAUGGUAUGUCUACGUUGUUGCCCUUGUUGUAAAUGUUGUUAUUCUUGUUGUGCAUGUGAUAGUGAUUUGAUGCGAUUCUUCAAGACCUCCAACUCUCUGAAUUCACGACAAUGAUCCAAGCUACUAUGGGAUAUUUGAAAAAGGAAAGGUGAAUGAUGCUUGCUGUGGCAGGUCGUGCCUUUCGUCGGUUUUUUAGAUAUUGCGACAAAGCUACUGACUUUAUCGCUGGGGCACAACAACCAUGGGACAUUUUUAAACAUAUAGAUUUCUUGGAGCUUAUCGCUCCUCCUAAAACUUUUAAGUUAAAAGAUGAGUUAAAGGGGUUCCACCCUGGUUCACUUGCGAACCUCAUGAUUCUUCCCGAUUAUGAUACUUCACCUAGACAGAGAGUUCUUUCUAUUAUGGUACAAGAGGGACCCGUGCUCUUCUACUGUCCUCCCCCUAAGAACUAAGUACUGUCCUCCCCCUCUUCAUCCCCUGUCAGGUAUGAGUUGGAAGCAGUUUUAUUGUGAGACGGAGUUGGGUUUCAUCAUAGAGAAAUUCCCACUCGAUUUCGAGCCAGCUGAGUUGGAGGAGCUGCGUAGUAUAGUGCAAGCAGUGAAGCAGCAUAUCUUCUGCUUAAGUUAAGUGAAGCAGUUUAUCUUCACUAUCUCAUGUGAUAUCGUCAUUUCGACCUCGAGUGACGCCCCCCCUUGGUUUCAUCAAGGGGAAACAGGGAGAAGCAGGGGAGCUCACUCGACCGGGCAUUUAGUGAAAAACUAGCGUUAAUUAAGGGUGCGAGAAUAUCCGUCGCACUUCGAUGUAUCGGCCAUACUGGAUCCUUUGCCAAACCUCUGCAGCUUGCAGAUAACAUACGGACGCAAAUUAUGUUCACAGGAAAAAAGGACUGUGUAGAUGGAUGUUUACAGCAUGUUGUACAUUUUGAGUUCUUAGUAUGAUGCGACUACUACCGAUGAACCCGAAAGAAGUACUCUGAGGUUGAGGCCUGUCAAAGCCGACAUCGAGGCGUCCUCCAGUCAGAAUCUCAGUGAUCAUACGUGUUUUGACGAUAUUCGACAGUGAUACGAGUUUUGAGUUCUCCUAUGCUUUUUGAGCGACUUUUUUGAGUCAACUUCCUCUUCCUAUUCAUACAAGCGAUUGGGCAUGGAGUACGAACGCGGGUUGUUUGGUAUGAAAAUCGUGGAUGCGCAGUAUCUCGUGAGGUAUAUCCGGUGCUGCCAGACGCUCAUAAUUAUGGUGCGUUGAAGAUAGACAUAGAAGGCGACUCAUGUUUUGCUGGAUAUGCACAGGAAACGAAGUAUUAUCCGGAUCUGUUAAUAGUCGUUCAGAACGUUUGAUCAGGUAUCUCAUACUAAUUGUGAAGGAGAGCGGACUUUUUUACAAGUUGGUGCCAGGCGCACAAGGGUCAAUGGUCGUAGGUAUUAAAGGAUUUUUUUCCAUUAUCGUGCCUCGAUAACAACAACAAACACCUCUAGUAUAGGUACAUGCAGAAUUUUAGAGCGUAACGCGAUAGGAAUAAACAUCCGUCACCGUUUUAGUUGUGUUUAUUCCUAUCCUGACACCGAGCGACCCCGACGAUAGAGAGAAACGCGACGGGAGGAAUCAACGACGCCCCGAAUUGUGAAAAUCGUGCGCAGUUUUGCCUGUUCUGUGUGUUUAUUCCUAUCCCGGGAAAAGUUUCCUAGAUCGUGUUCUCGUCUAUCGUUCUGCAGUCGGUUUAGGGCGAAACUUGUGAAAUGGUUCGAAAUCGCAAAAGAUGCGAAGGUCGUUGGCACAAUUUACGUCGUAGGCGGUCUGUUGAGGGUUUUCUGUCGUGCGAGUUGCGCCCGUGGCGUAGUCUGUGCGCUGAGGGUAUUUCUGGCCUUUUAGUCUGCUGAGAGGAUGACUUUUUGUGAGAGUUAAGAGGAUAGCCCGCUGAGGGUAUUGCCGUAGUGUUUCAGCAGUGUUCGGAGGUCGUUGGCACAAUUUGCGUCAUAAGUACUUUGCUCGAAAUGAAAUCUGUCGAGAGUAUUGGGCGGCGAGUCUGUUGAGGGUAUUGCGCUGACUCUGCUCGGAAUGAAAUCUGUCGAGAGUAUUGGGCGGCGACUCUGUUGAGGGUAUUGCGCAGCAUGUGAAAGAAGUGCACACGACGCCGAUGGGAGAGAAGUCCACACGACCCAGCGCCAAUCUGUUGAGGCUGUUUUAUUGCGAUCUGUUAGAGGUUCGCCGCGCUUGUCAAAGAGAAGAGGCCGGGGGCUGUCUAGUCGAGUGCGGAGCCAUGCUGCAGCUGCUGCAUUGAGGGACGAACCUGCGCGGCUCUAUUCUGUUUGAGAUUUUUGCUGGUUAUCUGUUGAGGCUUUAAGCCAGCGUCGCAAAUUUUGAGCGUUUCGAAUUAGAUAGGCGCCCAGAGGGGUCCACCGUGCGCCCAUCUGUUUGAGCUACUUAAUGGACAUCUGUGGAGGGUUGAGCUGAGCAAAAGUCUGGGCUUUAAAGUUGUUUGCGUUUCGUUAAGUAAUUGAGCGACUAAGACGCGCCGAACGUGACUCGAAGCGCACUGGCGUGGCGACGUACUUAGUCCAUCGCCUCUCUUUCAAGUCCAUCCAUGGCGUUGCUGCCCCCCCCCUUCCCCUUGGUGCUUUGUGUGCUCGUGCUAUUUUUUCGAUUUGUUGAAUCUGUACAGUGUUGACAGUCCAGGCGCUAUUUCUCAACUCCAACAUUUUUGGUGCACUCGCUGUUGAUCGUUAGACGUGCCUGAUUUUCUUGCCUGUUGCGCAAGCGCGUCGAAGCAUAUGUAUGACUCGCCCGCGAGGACUAAGAAUGCUCAUGAGGUAUGCGCCGCAGUCAAAUAAAAGCGAACACUUUCGCAGCUGUGAAAAUCUGCAACAUGCAACGCGUUGCCAUCUUGUUCGCCGCCACUGCUCCACACCGCGUUCGAUAGUUCUGUCGUUUCUCAUUGAUUUGGAGCGCAGUGAGUUCGUCGCGUGAAUAGGUCGCCGCUCCCUUGAUUGUUCGCUUAAUUAUCCUCAAAUGAUGCCCGUUCGGCCUCAUUUAAUUGCGUUAGAAUUGUAUGACUGCGACGCAUAUAUUUGCGUCCUUCGCUACUGGUUAACGCUCCGAUUUAUGUUGGGUUCACCUGUUCACUCCUAUCGUUCCGUUUCCACCUAAAGUUCUGCAUACAAUCAUCAUCAUCAUCAUCAUCAGCAUCAUCCAGAGGAACAUCUAAGAAAGAGCUUUCGCUGCCAUGCAAUAUGUUGGAUGACGAGCUAGCAAAAAUACUCAUGCAGGGUCUGGAGACGUGCGUCAUGCUCACAGAUCUGGAUUUAUGGCGUUAUUUUUUUUUUACUCGCUAAGAAGAGCAUGAGGACCUCGACAAUGAUGCUUGCUUUUAACGUCCCCACCAUGCAUCUCGUGAGCAGCUAUAUUCUUGCCGUAGAAGUUUUCCCCUCAGCCAGCAACUACGGGUCCCUCUUCUAAUCGAUCUUUCUGGGAACAAUAUCGGUGACAGAGGCGGCAGGCGACUUGCGAAACUGUUGAACAAGCAGUAUGUUUUGCAAACUCUCGACUUGAGUGACAACGCGAUCCAUGCAAACGGGUGUAUGCAUAUUGGAGCACAUCUAGCAGAGAACACGACGUUGGAGACGCUCAAUCUGAGGCUAAAUCGGUGUGAGGAUAAUGGUACAAUUUUUUGACUUUUAAGUUUUUUAUGGUUCGGCUUUGCGCAUAGGUGCUGGAACAGGUGACUGAUCUUUCAAGUGUAUUAUACGGUUCGGCUUUGCGCAUAGGUGCUGGAACAGGUGACUGAUAUUUUGAUCUGGAGGGGGUACAUCUUGAUGCGAUGCAAAAAUACACCAAAAAAGGGGAAAGGGAAACUUGCUUAAUCUUUAGGUCUGAGGUUGGUGUCUAGGUCUAGCGUAGGUCUGACGAGCAUAGGUCAUCCUGAUAGUUCGUAGGUCUGACGAGCAUAUGUCAUCCUCAAUUCCUCCGCAUCAGGUGUCUGCCACUUGCUGCAAGAUUUGUGCAUCAACAAGAGGCUGAAGAAGCUAAAUCUGUCGUCCAACGAUCUGACAUGGAGAUGUCUCGCCUACCUGAGCAGUAUGAUCUCCGAAAAUUCAACCAUGGAGUUUUUGGACUUGUCAGCAAACACGCUUUGGAACACGGAAGAAGGAGAGGAGACGAGCAAGGAGGUAUUUCUAUCGUAUUUGUUUGUCUGUAUCUUCUGUAAUGAAUUCCAGUCGUGAACUUAGUUUUAAUUUUUUUCGAUGAAUGUGCAUGCACAUCACAACUUCGUAUGCAUAUCCUUUCAUGUGUGUCGGCAUUCAUUCUCCUUCUUCUUCGUUCUGUCUCUGAUCAUGCUAUCUAUGUAUAUAAGAUUAAGAUUUGAUAAUGAUAGACCAAAAAUAUACCGAUUCGAAUCAUGCUUUUCACGUAAAAAAAUACGUACCUUACCACACCAGACAUUUGAUGCAACGAACCUGGAUCCGGAGUCACCCUUUGGCAUUCUAGUCCAAUGCGUGUCGAAAAAUGCGAGUCUGUUGGGAGUAGACGUGAGGCAUUGUAGUUUACCAGAAGACCUAGAGCGGAGGCUUCACACAAUAACGAAGCACAGGGAGCUCCGAGCGAGAGGUAGAACUACACGAUUCUUGCUUUUGUGAGAAGGUACAUCCAAGAGUUCCUCCUUUCCUCUCCUGAAUCAAUUUUGAGUUUGUUCUACUCUUGCAUGGUUUCCAGUGCUUUGUGUCGAAUAUACGAGCUUUCCGCUGAGGUAAGCCAACCAGACCUGUCUAACGACUGGGUAUGUCAAAAAUUUCACCAUCAUGCGUCAGAAUGACGUAAGAAGAGGUUCCAUGACAUGACAUCAUCUUCUACACAACAGACAGCUAUAAAUGUCGACACACAACAUCAUGAGCAAGGACGAUACCACCAUCUUUUACAUCAUGAUCAUCUUUUACAUCAUUUAUCAUGAGCAAGGACGAUACCACCAUCAUGACACUAUAAACUCUUCAACAUCGACCUCAUGCCAGGCACAUCAAUCAAUCAAUCAAUGAGCAAGGACGAUGCCACCAUCGUGAUCAUCUUUUACAUCAUCUGAGCAAGGACGAUAUUACCAUCAUGAUCAUCUUUUACAUCAUCUGAGCAAGGACGAUAUUACCAUCAUGAUCAUCUUUUACAUCAUCUGAGCAAGGACGAUCUUACCAUCAUGAUCAUCUUUUACAUCAUGCUCAUCUUUUACAUCAUCUGAGCAAGGACGAUACCACCAUCAUGAGCAUCAUGAUCAUCUUUUACACAUAUUAAGGUAUAAGCGUCGACGCGUACGAGAGAGCGGGCUUGGCGCUCCAGCAAACCGUGGAGGAAAGUGUCGAAGUGAAGGAGGAAAAUGAUCCGGAGAAGAAGGCUGAGGAGAGCGAAGAGCAGUCUGCGGAAGAAGCGAAUAAGUCCUCUGAAGAUUCUUGAUUCGUAGCUUAGGCAGGAGCGAAUAAGUCCUCUGAAGAUGAUUGAUUCGUAGCUUAGGCAGGAGCGAAUAAGUCGUCUGAAGAUGAUCAUGAUUGAUUUUUUCACUGCUUCAUAAGAAUGCAAGAAGCCGUCUAGAGAUGAUUGACUUCUUAGCGUAUAGGCAGGAGCGAAUAAGUCGUCUGAAGAUGAUUGAUUUCUUCUUAGCUUAGACUACCACAAAUUCAUCUUCACAGGCAUCCUGAGACCGUUUUGAAGGGGGAAAAGGUUCCAGGAUGCGCGCGAAGAUGGAUUUCUUUUAGUUCUAAUCUUAGCUUAGGCAGGAGCGAAUAAGUCGUCUGAAGAUGAUUGAUUUUUUCACUGCUUCAUAAGAAUGCAAGAAGUCGUCUAGAGAUCAUGAUUGACAAUGCUACAAGGAUCCUCUUUCUUUUUCGAUUUCGUUUCGCGUUGGGAUGAGUGAGAAUGCCGCUCUCUCUAUGAGUCUCAUUCUUGAUAAAGUCGUGACACAGAGCUUAUAUUAUAAGGGUUGCCGCAUUGCAUUCUUCACCACCAUCCUUGACCUUUUUCCAGUAGGAAAAGGGUCAGGGAUGAUCUGAAGCAUGCAACUUCGCAGCCUCUAACUAUAUUGCCAAAUUCUUGCGGCGUGUGCUUCCUACAUCAUCAUAUGCAUGUCAUUGAUUAUAUACAAGUCUCCAAAAUCCGCCAAAAAAGCUUAGUUUACUUACUUGUCUACAGUUUGCAGUGCGUAGGAUGAAAAACAUUUGUGCCUAGUCUGAAACAGUUAAAGCUAACGCAAUGGACAAUGAAUAGAAUGUGCGCGCCGCAUGUGCGCGGGCUGCAGCAAUACAACAACAUGGAGAAAGUUCUAGCGUGCACUGAAUAUAGACUGCUCCUUUGUUAUUUCAAUGUGCUUAGUAAAAAACUACCACAAGGCUGUCCUGCCUCUCCUGCGUCUUCUAGGGUGAUCGCGAACGAUCAUAUCAGAGGCACAUGGAUAGAUAGCUUCGUAU